UAAAAAGUCAAGUGAUUGCGACCUCAUAUUAGAUGUGUAUAUCUAUUCCUUUGAACAAUAAUCAUUUGUUACAUAACUCUUACAUUUAUUUUCACAUUAUCAUUAACCACCACCCUACUUUAAAAAGAAAAAAGGAAAAAAGAAAUUCUUCCAAGAUGAUCUAUGAAUCAGAGAGCCCCUUAGAGCUCCCAGUUGUCGACGUUUCUGAGGCGUUGGAUUCAUCAUCACUGAGCUCCCUAGGCGCCGCCUGCCGAGAAUGGGGUUUCUUCCAGAUCAUCAACCAUGGAAUCUCGAAAGAUCUCUACGCCAAAAUCUACUCUCUCUCUACCAACAUCUUCUCUCUCCCCUCCCAAUCCAAGCUCAAACUCGGCCCUUCCUCGCACCUCAAGACCUACACGCCUCACUUCAUCGCCUCUCCCUUCUUCGAGAGCCUCCGAGUUUCUGGCCCCGACUUCGCCGCCUCUGCGCAGAGCUCCGCAUCUGUCCUUGCUCACCACGAUAAUCAAUUCAGUGAGAUGAUGCACGAAUACGGGAGUAAAAUGUCGGAACUGUCGAAGACGAUCCUGAGGUUAAUCCUGAAGACACUGGGGAGUGAAAUCGAGUCGAAAUAUUACGAGUCCGAAUUCCACCAAUGCCACGGGUACAUGAGGAUAAACAACUACGCCUCCCCCGAGGGCUCGUGCAUCGAGCCCUCGGGGUCGGGGGAGGAGGAGGGGCUGGGCAUGCACACGGACAUGAGCUGCGUGACGAUCGUGUACCAGGACGAGAUCGGGGGCCUGCAAGUGAGGUCCCGCGAGGGGCGAUGGAUGAGCAUCGCCCCUCGCGAGGGGACGCUCGUGGUGAACGUCGGGGACAUGCUGCAGGCGUGGAGCAACGAGCGGCUGAGGUCGUCCGAGCACAGGGUGGUGCUGCGGAGGAGGAAGGCUGCGGCCACGGCCGCGAGCCGCUUCUCGUUGGCCUUCUUCUGGUGCUUCGAGGACGAGAAGGUGGUCGUGGCGCCAGACGACGUCGUCGGGGAGGCGGGGACGAGGAUGUACGAGGCGUUUGUGUGCUCGGAAUACUUGAAGUUUAGGGAGAGCGAUGAGCGAGGGAGGUUUGACAAGGUUGGCUUUACUGUCAAGGAUUUUGCAGGUGUUGCUAAUGGGAGUUGA